AUGGUUACCAGAGAGAUUUCUCAGGGACGAGCUCAGGAUUCGAUGGUACAGUAUUCGUAUGUUGUUGAAGACUGUUGUUUAUUCUUACAUGAUAUUAUGUGUUCUGAUAUUAGCAACUGGAUCUGCAUCAACUUCUCUACACAAGUUACAGACAAUCAUGCACGUACUUUCUGUCAGGAACUUGCUCGAAUGUGCCUCACAUCUGGCAUUGACGGUGGCAUUGGUUCAGCGUUCGAUGACAUUCAGAAACGUAAUGAUUGGCAUGAAUGGGCUGACCAUUUGAUCACUGACGAAGAUCCUUUGCUAUCAACUAACUGGAAUGAUCUCUUGCUUGACUCAACUUCCAAUUCAGACUCAAAGGACCAGAAAACUCUACAAGUUCCACCGCAACCACAGAUUGUUCAGCAGCAACCUUCUCCUUCUGUGUCUGUGGAGUUGCGACCUGUCAGCACAACAUCUUUAAACAGUAACAACGGAACAGGCAAGGCACGUAUGCGUUGGACGCCAGAGCUUCACGAGGCUUUUGUUGAAGCUGUCAACAGUCUUGGUGGCAGUGAAAGAGCUACUCCUAAAGGUGUGCUUAAGAUUAUGAAAGUUGAAGGCUUGACUAUAUAUCAUGUAAAAAGUCAUUUGCAGAAGUAUAGGACGGCUAGAUAUAGGCCAGAACCAUCAGAAAGUGGUUCGUCUGAGAAGAAGUUGACACCGCUUGAACAUAUAACAUCUCUUGACUUGAAAGGUGGGAUGGGUAUCACCGAGGCUCUGAGACUUCAGAUGGAAGUACAGAAGCAACUCCAUGAGCAGCUCGAGAUUCAAAGAAACCUGCAACUACGAAUAGAAGAACAAGGCAAGUACCUGCAAAUGAUGUUCGAGAAACAAAACUCUGGUCUAGGCAAAGGGACAGCCUCAACAUCAGAUACGCCUUCCAAAUCCGGAGAAGAAGACAAGAAAAUCACUGAUUCAAAGGAGCUCGCACCAGAGGAAACCAGGGAAUGCCAAGAGCCAGAUUCUCCACAGCCAAAGCGCCCCAAAACAGAUAAUUGAAAGCUCUCUAUUACCAAGAAAUUUGGUGUUUUACUGGA